UCGCUUAAACCCUAGCCUCCAUAAAGCCAUAUCCCCAUUUAAGGUACUCUGUUUCAGCGCAACAGAGUUUAAUUCUUCUCGUCGGAGUCAAAAUGGAGAACCCAGAAAACAAGGCGAAAUCUGAAAACAAGGGGAAGGCUGAAAAGAAAGGGAAAUCUGAAAACAAGCCAAGCACUCAGUCUCAAAAGCAUGCUGCAGCCGGUGAUGAGGACAUGGAUCCAACGCAAUACUUUGAAAAUAGGCUGAAAGCACUUGAGGCUGAGAAGGCAACCGGGAAGAAUCCUUACCCACACAAAUUCGAACACAAAGUUGAAUUGUUGUCUAUCCCUGAUUAUGUGAAGAAAUAUGGAGUUUUAGAGAGCGGAGCUCAUUCCGCUGAUGAAGUGUCGUUGGCUGGAAGGAUAAUGAAUAAACGCGCGUCUUCUGCAAAGCUGCUUUUCUAUGAUUUACAUGGUGGAGGUGCCAAAGUUCAAGUUAUGGCAAGUGCGAGGGAUUCUGAAUUGAAUGAAGACGCGUUUAUUAAAUUUCAUUCUGGUGUGAAGCGUGGAGAUAUUGUCGGAAUUACUGGGUGUCCAGGAAAGAGUAAACGGGGAGAGCUGAGUAUUUUUCCCAAAUCAUUCGAAGUGUUGUCUCAUUGUCUUCAUAUGAUGCCACGGCAGAAAGGUGCCCAGACGGAUACGACUAAGAAAAUUGAAGCAUGGGUCCCGGGAAGUGGCCGAAAUCCAGAUACAUAUGUUUUGAAAGAUCAGGAAACACGAUAUAGACAGCGUUAUUUGGAUUUGAUGUUGAACUCAGAGAUUCGGUACAUAUUUAAGACCCGAGCAAAGAUCAUAACUUAUAUUCGAAGCUUUCUUGAUAAUCGUGACUUCUUAGAGGUAGAGACCCCCAUGAUGAACAUGAUUGCUGGUGGAGCAGCUGCACGCCCAUUUGUGACCCACCACAAUGAUUUGAAUAUGAGGCUUUUCAUGCGUAUUGCUCCUGAACUAUAUCUUAAAGAGCUGGUUGUUGGUGGAUUGGAUCGUGUCUAUGAGAUUGGGAAACAAUUCAGAAAUGAGGGAAUUGACUUGACACACAAUCCUGAAUUCACCACUUGCGAGUUCUAUAUGGCAUAUGCGGAUUACAAUGACUUGAUGGAUCUAACUGAAAAAAUGCUAAGUGGGAUGGUGAAGGAACUUACAGGUGGCUAUAUAAUCAAGUAUCAUGCAAAGGGGCUGGAGAAUGACCCCAUUGAGAUUGACUUCACUCCUCCCUUCAGACGGAUUGAUAUGGUAGAGGAAUUGGAGAAGGUUGCAAACUUGAAUAUACCCAAGGAUCUCUCAAGUGUUGAAGCUAACAAAUAUCUCAUAGACGCUUGUGCAAAGCUUGAGAUCAAAUGUCCUCCUCCUCAAACAACAGCUAGAUUACUUGAUAAACUUGUAGGGCACUUUCUGGAGGAGACAUGUGUUAACCCUGCUUUUAUCAUCAACCAUCCAGAGAUAAUGAGUCCUUUGGCAAAGUGGCAUAGAUCGAAACCAGGCCUGACAGAACGUUUUGAAUUGUUUAUUAACAAGCAUGAACUUUGCAAUGCAUACACUGAAUUGAAUGACCCUGUUGUCCAACGCCAGCGUUUUGCUGAUCAACUCAAGGACCGACAAUCAGGUGACGAUGAAGCUAUGGCACUGGAUGAGAACUUUUGUACAGCUCUUGAAUAUGGAUUACCUCCUACUGGUGGUUGGGGAUUGGGUAUUGACCGACUUGCAAUGUUGUUAACAGAUUCACAAAACAUCAAGGAAGUUCUACUCUUUCCAGCCAUGAAACCACAGGAUGAGCCACCUUCCAAGGAAAGCAAUAAAAAGCCUCAGGAGGAAUCUGCCAAGCUUCACGAUGGACAAGCAAAACCUCAGGAUGGACCUACAACACAAGAUGUGGAAAAGCAGGUGUCACAGCUCACAAUGAAGUGAAGAUCAUAUACUUGGCGUUGAGUUUCUGCUGCUGCUGGAGUAGCUUCUUUUUGCACUAUCUUUUUGACGUUUUGAUUUAUGAUAAUUGUCAAUUGUAUGGCAAAUGCUAGCCUUAAUUUGUUAGUAUUGGAAACUUUUGUCAUAUACCAUUGGGCAAUGGAGAUGGUUAUAUUCAUCAAAUCCUUUUAGAUGUAAUGUGCGCUCUAUUAUUAUGUCUUCUUUUAUUCCA